UCAACUUUCAUCAAUGCGUGCCUUUUCUUCUUCUUGACAAACGGAGUACACUCUACAGAGUACAGUCUACACUUCCAUAACCACCAACACGGCGUUGGCGUUGUUGUUCGUCCAAAAUUUCCCCCAAAUUUCCCUUCAAUUUUCUCUCUCCUAGGGUUUUAACUUCCAAAAAUUGUUUGCAAAAGCUUCCAUGGAUUCCCCAAUUGCAGACACUUUUUCUUCGCUAAGACUCCCAUCUCUCUCCCCAGCAGACUACGAGAGUACCGUAAGAGCCUUGGGCUAUGUUGAGACGAGGUUGAGGACCGAAAAAGAGGAAAUUUCUCAUAAAUACAACAAUGCAGUGAAGGAAAUCAAUAUAUUGAGCAAGCAACUGUCGCAGUACAGGACAGACCAUGGCGAUUUUCUGAUCUCCGUCACUGGGUAUGAGCAACAACUCUCUGAGUUGAACAGUGAGUGCGCUCACCUUCGAGUCAAACUCGCUGCUGCGGAUAAGGAGGCCCAGAGGUCGAAAGAUAAUCAAGUUGAGGCGAAAUUGUCAAUGGAGGUGAAGAUGUUGAAGAAGCAAAACAUGCACUUGAGUGAGGAGAAUGCGAUCUUGGAGGCAGCCAAGGCAAAAUUUGAAGGUGAAUUGUCGGCUUGUAAGUUGAAAGUGUUGCAAUCUGAGGUUUUGAAGGGGAAAAUUAAGAUGUUGGAGGAGGAGAAGAAGGAAAUGGAAAAGGUGGUAAAUGAAGCACAGAAAGACAUAGCUGAAAAUUCUAAGAUUAGGAUGGAGAAUAAUAGGUUGAAGGGAGAAUUACAGGAUGUAAGGAAUGCUGCAGCUGCACGAUUCUGUGCAUAUGACAGGCGGUUGUCGGCAUUGGAGGAAAAUGUGACGGAAUUGAUGGAAGAUUACAUUGGUUCCCUUUCAGGUUCACAGGUGGUUGACGAAGCUGAAGUCGUGCAAGAGCAGGAGAGUCUCAAGCUUGAAGCAAAAACUGAAGAGCUUGUUGGAACACAAUCUGGUUAUGAAACAAUACCCAUUAAAGAGAAGACAACUUCAUCAGAGCCAAGCCCAGUAGCAACCAGUGCAACAACUCGUGUCCAGGCAGAGCAUGAGAAUUAUGAGUCUCUCAUAAGGCCAAGGUCUGCAGCCCGACCAAUUGCUGAAGCACACUUUGUUGAUUUAUGUGAUUCUGAUGAUGAUUACGACGAACCACCUUUGUCGAAGGGAAUUAAGAGGAAGCUACCAUCAUCUGAUGUUUUGCUCACUCCAAGCAACUGUUAAAUAUCCUCUGUAAUCCACUUUUGUCAAUCUCACAGCACUUUACGCAGUUGCGUCUUGCCAAUCCGGGAUUCUCUACUGUGUAAAUGAUUGUAUGGGAGUUGAUAAUCGUCUUUAAUAUUCCAGAAGAUUAUCAUGUAAUUAAAUAGGUAUGGUUGUACAUGAUGCUGCACAAUGACAGUAGCCCGCUUCUUUGUCAUCUCAGAGGUUUUCUGUUCUGAGUCGUCCCUGGAGUGCUCGCGGCUUUAGUGAAGGUAACAUAUGGAAUUAUGGACGGAUUGGUGUAGUUCUAUUUGUGGAGCAAUAGUUAGUAAGUAGUAAUGCUAUACUAUAAUUUAUUAGAAUCAUUAACCCUAAUUCUAACAUAGUUCUAGUUAAUUGUCAGUGAAGCUCUAUACUAUAAAGUACGAAGUAUUAUGGAGUAUAUGGCCAAUUGAGCCUAAUUAUGUCCAAUUACUAUAUCCAAUUAUGUCAAUUGAUCCCAUCGUA